CAGCCAAUGGAAGGCUUGGUUUAAGGCCCGGAGUGUGACGUCAAGCGGUCUGUCUGUCUGUCUUGCGGGCACCGGACGUGUUCAGGGGAGGGCAAGGACGCUGGUUUUGGGGCAAGAGAGGCUCACAUCCAAGUCUACCAUGGACAAGCAACAAAAUGACCAGUUUAAGAACAGAAUGGGAGUCUUCAAGAACAAGGGGAAGGACCAGGAUGAAAUGAGAAGAAGAAGAACAGAAGUCACGGUCGAACUCAGAAAAAACAAAAGAGAAGAAACUUUUUUAAAACGAAGAAAUGUGCCAGUUACAGACUCCACAACAGAUGAUGAUGAUGUUGACAAGCAGCUAACAGCAGCUAACUUGGCAUUGAUUGUGGAGAAUGCAGCAAGUGAAGAUCAGAUGGUACAACUGCCAGCAGUACAGGCAGCUCGAAAGCUGCUAUCUUCUGACAGAAAUCCACCUAUAGAUGAUCUAAUUCAAUCUGGCAUCCUUCCUAUUCUCGUUAAAUGUUUAGAAGGCACCGACAAUCCUUCACUGCAGUUUGAAGCAGCGUGGGCCCUCACCAAUAUAGCUUCAGGCACCUCAAGGCAGACACAGGCAGUGGUCCAUGCUGGAGCUGUACCUUUGUUUCUUAAGCUCUUACACUCUUCAAGCCAGAAUGUUUGUGAACAAGCUGUCUGGGCCCUAGGUAAUAUAAUUGGUGAUGGGCCACAACUCAGAGACUAUGUCAUUUCCCUGGGUGUUGUCCAGCCUCUCCUUAGCUUCAUAAAUCCAGAGAUACCCAUUGGAUUCUUAAGGAACGUUACUUGGGUUGUCGUAAAUCUGUGCAGAAACAAGGAACCACCACCACCCCAACAGACCAUAAAGGAAAUAUUGCCUGCCCUCAAUAUCCUCAUCCAUCACCAGGAUACCUCAAUACUGGUGGACACCGUCUGGGCACUGAGUUACCUCACGGAUGGUGGAAAUACAAACAUUCAACUGGUCAUAGACAGUGGGGUGGUACCAAGGCUUAUACCUUUGUUGUCUCAUAAAGAAGUCAAGGUUCAAACAGCAGCUUUAAGAGCUGUUGGCAACAUUGUGACUGGUACAGAUGAUCAGACACAAGUUGUGCUCAACUGUGGUGCAUUGUUUCACUUCCCUGCUCUACUUACACACCAGAAAGAAAAAAUUAACAAGGAGGCUGUAUGGUUCUUGAGCAAUAUCACAGCUGGUAACAAGCAACAAGUGCAAGCUGUGAUUGAUGCAGGUCUCAUUCCCAUGAUCAUCAGCCAGCUAACCAAAGGAGAAUUUCAAACACAAAAAGAAGCUGCUUGGGCUAUCAGUAAUCUCACUAUCUCAGGCAGUAAACAGCAGGUUUCGUAUCUUGUAAGUAAGGGUGUCAUUCCACCUUUCUGCAACUUGCUGACUUGUAAAGAUAUUCAAGUUAUUCAAGUGGUCCUUGAUGGCAUCUCCAACAUCCUCAACAGGGCGGGUGAUGAGGUGGAGGUGGUGGCAAAUAUGAUUGAGGAAUGUGGCGGUUUAGAUAAAAUUGAAUUUCUUCAGAACCACGAAAAUGUUGAUAUAUAUAAGCUGGCUUACAGUAUAAUUGAAAGAUACUUCUCUGAGGAUGAAACUGAAGAUCCUAGUUUAGUUCCAGAAUCGACAGAAACAGAGUAUGCAUUUGAUAAUAAUAGUACUAGUGAGGGAGGUUUUCGCUUUUAGUGACUAUUGGCUUAUAGGUAUAUUUAAUUUACUCAAAUAAUGAAUCAUAUAAUGAGUGGUAGGUGAAGCUUACAUAUAGCUGUAUUUUUAAUAUUGAAAAUAGAAAACUACUGUUUCAAAGUGUGUUAUUUUCACACUUACACCUCAGAAUACAAGUUUACACAUCAUUGUUAAUAGUCCUUUACUGUUGAUAUUUCUGUACAUGUCCACAUCUCAAUGAAUAACUAAAAUUUGCCUGAAUUAUUCAUCAUUCAUUCAGAUUUACUAAUUAUCAUUAUAUUUGAAUUAUUUUAUCAGUUUGGUGAAAUUUGGCAUACUUGUUGGAGUUUUGAAGUGUACAAAGAAGGUUUGUACCAGUACAUGUCUUAAAGAGAAUAUCUGUGCAGACCAACAUCUUGAAAAUGCUUUCACUGCUGAAAUUGGACUCAAAACAAAUGAAACUGGUAAUUACAUGAUAUCAUAAAAUUUUCAUUGUAAAGAAACCUAUGUGAAUUACAAACAAUAACAUUAUAGUAAAUUUUAAAACUGUUUGACCGAGUUACAAAUAGUCAUGAUCAUAGUGAGGAAUGUAUUGAUGAAAAGUCAAAUAAGUGGGAGGAAAUCAGGUGAUAGUUACAUAAUGUGGCCCCUGUGGUGGUCACAAGGGCUAUUUGGAAAUGUUAGCUACACUUCACAGCCAGUCAUUUAAGUAGCUGUUCGCCAUUGAUAAAGUGUCGAAUGAAUUGGUCAUUGUCAAAGCUUACUGAGCUCUCAUGACACCACAAUGCCCUGCCUGAAAUGAUAUUAUUGUGGCAUAAAUGCUUCCCUCUGGCACACAUUGCUUUGGUUUUGUAGGUUUCUUCUGUUUAUCAUUCUUUUUAUGUAGCAUGUAUUUUAUGUUUCAAUUUUUAUUAUUUGAUACAAAAUUUUCAAAAUUACACACACACACACACACACACACACACACACACACACACACACACACACACACACACACACACACACACACACACACACACACACACACACACACAAUAAUAGUGGCUGCUUCUAUAUUUGAUGAGUAAGCAAAGACAGUUUUUUUUAGAUUGUGUUGUGAAUUUGUCAUUUCCUAGAAAGAGUAUUUGAAUACUUGUUUUAUUUUUGUUUUACAUGUUGGGUGUGGCUGUGUGUGCGUGUGCAUACGUGCGUGUGUGUUUAUGUGUGUGUAUGCAUUUUCUAUUGGUUAUAAACAAUUUUCAAAAGUCCUCCAUAUAUCUAGGGGUAAGGGGCCUCUAAAGUCAUAUAUGUAUUAAGCAAACAAAGUUUAUGAACUUCCCACUAUGAUAGUUAUUGAGAGUGGGAGGGUGACAAGACCAAAAUGUCUGGUAAGAUAUUGUUUAUUUAGUAUGUAAGAGAAUUUAAUGACAUGCUUUUUAGAAGAAAAACAUGUUAUUGUUAAUGAUAUAAAUGAAGGCAAGUUGUCAUCUUUUCAAGUUUUGACCAUAGUGUGGAGUUCAUGAAGGAAAAGGGAUUAGCAAGUGGCACAAACUUCAUUCACAGGUAUUUGCUUCAUUUGUAUUUUUCUUAGUACUUUUGUAUUAGUACCAUUGUUAUUUGAGACAGUAAAUACUUAAAUAUUUAUUCAUAAUGUAUGAGGUCCACUCAAAAAGUUGAAUCUUAGGCGGAAAAGAAAAUGACAUGCUUAUCAACAUGUAUUUUGGGUUCUGAAUCUAAUCUCUGUUGUAGUGAAUUCACAAAUUUAGCUCAGUGGUACUUCAGUAACAGGAAAUAUUUCUGUGAGUCCUAUUUUGGCAUGGCUAUGUUUUGUUAUGUUCUUUAUGAUAUAUUCUUAGCUCAUUUCAGAACUUUCCAGAUGGUAUAUUCAUUUGUGGAACCCAGAAAUCACAAAGAGCUAUGUAUAGCAAGCAGGAAACCUGCUUAAGCUGAGGAAUUCUAAGCUUGGUUAAGAAAUCCUGGAUCAGGUACAAAGACUAAGGAGUUGUUAUGCAGCUGCCAGUGUGUGUGUAUCACAGGCACAGUGUUCCCCCCCUUCCUAACUAUUUUAUGGAUAUCAUUAAGAACCUCUGCUUGAUGCUAUACUGUUUGUUGACAGUUUAACCAUCUUGUGCAUUUCCAUCAUGCAUAACAUAAUGGUCACGAGAAGUUAACAUCUGACUUUUUUUCCCUUUUAGGUUUGGGGAAAUAAUAGUUAUUAUUAUAUUCACACUGUUUCCUGAGUUUCGAAAGGAGACUGGACACUAAUUUUGUGAUCACUCUUUACAUGCCUAAAUCAAUUAUCAUGAAAUGGCAUGUGCUAAGCUACUACUAGGAUUUGGUGAUAGUUUUGCAGAUAACCAACCAGCAGUAUAUCAUGAUCAACCAGCACACUCGGUUAAUGAGUGGUUGUCAGCUUGUUAAUAGUAUUUAUGAAUGCUGAAGCUCAGCCAUCUGUAAAUUGGUUUAAGCAUUCUAUAGGAUCAUAGGAUCAGUGCUAAAAGGUUUUGGAAUUUAUUGAAGUAAUGCAGUAACAUUGUUCAUUGAUUCUGUCAUUAUUUAUAAUGAAAAUGUGACAUGCACACAUUGGCUGCCUGGCACCAACAAACUCCUCAUAUGAGGCUGUCAUUCAAAUCAAGCUUGCACAGUAAAGUUACGCACUUCAUUCCAUUAUCUCCUCUUGGCUCCAGCAGGUUUCUGGAUAGUAAAUAAGCUUGGUUGACUUUUUACCAGACCUCAUGUAGAGAAGAAAUUAAAGGAUCCUUCCCUUCCAUGCAUUGAAAGAAAGUCACACAAAAAAGUUGGAUAUGUAAAAUGUUACUACAUCUCUUUUUCACAACUAAACAUUUAAUGUCAGCAACAGCAAAGAGUGGUGGAAGCACAUUGUUCACAAUUUUGACACCAUUGCUUUUUUAUUUAUAUGAAUACAUGAAUUGAAAUAUUGCUUAAGCUUUCAGAUGUAUUUCAAUUCUAUAUAGUUAUUAAAAAAGCAUUGUCAGAUAUAUAUUUCCAAUAUUUUGUAAAAGCUUCAGGAAGAAUGUUAUCAGUCUGCUAAAUAUAUUUUCCUUACACAUGCAGUCAUCAGGGAUCAAAGACAAAAAUCAUGCAUUUUCUGAUUUUUCAGAGGAUCAUUGGUAUAAAUAUACUCAUGGACAGAGAGUUGAAUGAUCAGCCUUACUCACAUGUGCUAUGUUUAACAAUUUCCCUUAGUCUUAAGUCCUCUUGUGUAUUUAGAAUCAUCAGCAGCAUAUGGUUUGAUACUGAUCUUUAUUUUCUCGAACAGUGUUGGAUAACUUAUGAAUCUCUUUUUGUAUCCAUAUAUGACUUCUUACAAUUUCUCAACAUUGGUAGAUUGUUGGCAGAUCAGAUGAUUUUUUAAGAUUGCAGGAAAUUGCUAAACAAGGUGCAAGUGUGCAGAAUGUUAUUUGACUUUUGACCAUGACUGUAGAGCAAUAGAUUUCAUGCAGUUUUUGCAUACAUGAUUUUUGGCUGUUCCAGUUUUAUUGUAUUGAAAGCUUGUGUGACAGACUAUAUUUAAUGCAGGAGAUUAUAGGCCAGUUAUUUAGUUUUAUCAUGGAUCUUUAUCUCUCUCUCACUUGCCACCACAUGCAUUCCUAAGCCUUAAUUGUCACCAUCUUAAUUGUGUUUUUCAGCAUGUGCAUUAUUUACCUUCCCUGACCUACUUUCAUAUUGCAGUAUUCAUUCUUACAGCAAUAAUGCAUCAUAUCUUUUUGCUUAUUUGGAAAUAAUUUCAGUAAUCAUGUUAGCCAAACACCCACACAUUGCUACAGCAUAAUGAUAUGACUGGAAAGAGAAAGACAAAUCCCAAGGAAUAGUGUAGAUAUAUAGACAAGAGCAAAGAGAUUAGCAGCUGCAUGUAAGUUUUAAGGAAGAGGAAUUACAUAUACUUAAUAGUUAGUGUAUUAUCAUAAAAUAUAAUUUUUAUUGGUGCCAGUGAGGAGAUCCAGUACAGUGUAUACUUGUGUUUAAAUUUCAAUAUACUGUUGGUGAAGACUUGUAAGUUAGUGGUAGGUGUAUAUUGGUGGUUACAUAUCCAUGCUGUCACUUACCUAACUCAUGUUGCUCACUAUCCUUCCCUCUCCACGUCAAUGAACUUGAUAACUAAAGAGCAAAGGAAAUGGGAAGCAUCAGAUUCUAUCGGAUGUCAUUAAGAGAUCAGUUAAACACAUUUGCAUACCAGGAUAGAGAUAAAGUAUCAAUUGUGAUUUGAAAAAAAAAAUUAUGCCAAACUGUUGAUGACUAAAAGUGUGACAAAUCAAUUUAGUGUUUAUUAUUCAUUUAUAUCCACUUGGCAAACACCCGUACCAAGAAGGAUAGCAAUAUACUGAUUUGCCACAACUGGAAAAACAUUGUAUACAUUGGCUACACCUUUAUGCCUAUGUAUGUACAAAAAGGCCAGGAAUCAUUUGCUUAGUACUUCAGUUACUUUAUCCCACCACUAAGCCUUUAACUGCUAUGACUCCUUGUCAAGCUUUAUAAUAUUUUCUAAUGUAAAUCUAAGAAUAUUUUUUUUGGCAGACAUCACUUAUAAAAAGUGAUCGAGUAGUUUAAACAUUUCAAUGUCUCCAGUUUUAUGUUUGUUCAUUAAAAUCAUAAAUUGAGUAAAAAGUGUCAUAUUGUCAUGAAUAACCAUAGAGUGAAAGGAGUUACUGGCCUGGUAUAUUUUUUAUUUAUUCGUUUUCAUGGCAUACUACAAGUUUUACCAUUAUUACUGCUUUUGUUUUUCAUCCUUAGUGUUAAUUCAUAUUCGCAUGACAUUAUUACCAUCAGGAGAGGUCAGAAGAAAAUAGCCUAAUCUUCUAAUGUUGGAACAGUAUGAAAAUUUUAUUAAACACACCGUACACUGGCAAAAUAGAUUUAUAUUCUCUUGAUAAGAAUGGUCUUCCCAUCGUAUUGACUGUGAUAAGAUUGUACCGUACAUCUGUCAUCACAUUGGACGCUGACUCACGUGUUGAGAAGCUAUGUGAAAAUGAAAGAAAAAAACUGAUUAAGAUCUAUGAAAAGAUCAUCUCUUACAAUAGGAGUAAUGAGAAUAAAAAAGGAUGAGAGUGAACAAAAAGUCUUGUGCUGUGAGAAUGCAGGAGGAGUGAGAACAUGGAGUUAACA